AAAAACUUGCAGAGCUGCGCACUAACUUUUCACUCGCUGCAAAGAAGAAGGGAGGCAAAGACGCUCUAAGCUCUCACAAACUGUCUGCACUUUCUUUUCGGGAAUGACUCGGUAAACCGCUGGGACUUUGUCAUUGAACCGUUCAUUCAGCUUGAAGGAGCACAGCCGUUUGUUGGAAGAUGGAUCGAUGGAAAGGAUGUGAAGUGGUUCCCUUUUGGAAACGACUCCCCGUGCUGUUCCUUACCAUUACCGCACUUCAUUCUAGCACUACGACAACUAGAGCCGCAAACCCAAUUGAUGUUUUAAGGAUAUUAAACAUUAAAGAAACAAUGGAAGGAGUGUCUAUGGCUGCUGGCCUUUGCACAAAUCGAAAGGAUUCGGAGGAAGUGGACAUGGCCUACAGGAUAGAAAAGAAAAUUCAGCUCAGCGCACCCACCAAGCAACUGUUUCCAGAAGGUCCUUUCCCAGAUGACUUCUCUCUGAUGACCACGGUGAGGGCCAAGAAAGGAACGCAGUUCUUCCUCCUGUCCAUCUACGAUGACCAGGGAGUGCAGCAGCUUGGAUUAGAGAUCGGCCGUUCCCCUGUCUUCUUGUAUGAGGACCACAUGGGUAAACCUCUCCCAGAGGAUUACCCCACAUUCAAGAAAAUCAACCUCGCAGACGGGAAGUGGCACCGUAUUGCGUACAGCGUAGAAGGGAAGAGUGUCACUCUCUACCUGGACUGCCAAAAGUAUCAAAGCCAUGCUCUUCUGAGAGGGGACACCCCGGUGGUGAGCACAGACGGCGUCACUGUGUUUGGGACCAGACUCCUGGAUGAGGAGGUGUUUGAGGGUGAUAUCCAGCAGCUGCUGAUUCUGGAGGACCCCAAGGCAGCAUCUGAAUACUGUGAGCACUACAUCCCAGACUGUGACUCUCCGCUGCUCUACUCCAUCCAGUCCCAGGACCCGGAGCCUGAGCCUGUCAUGCCGGAAAACAAAACAGAGGACGUGCAACUUGGGAAAAAAACGAAAAAAGGCAGGAAGAAGGGGAAAAAGGCAAGGAAGUCAACUGAUGAUGCUGACAAGAAGAGAAAGGGCAAGAAAGAGAGAGGCAAGAAGAAGAAGAAAAAGGCGGCCCCCGGACCAGAAGAUGGCCAGCAGUUCAGUGAGGGGUCCGAUGGAUUCAAAGAGCUAAUGGUUGACCUAGUUUUGGCCGAUGGAGAUGCUGCCCAAGCAGCUGAAGCGGGAUGGGCCGUAGAGCACCUUCAACACUCACCUGAACUCUCUGUGGUGCCAACACCACCACCUGGCUCUCCUGCUCAUGCCCUUGUGUUGACUGCACAGCCACCUGGACUAACUUCUGAAGUUCUCAUGGUGCCUACACCAUCACCACCUGAGUUGUCUCCUGAUGCCCUUCUGUUGACUUCACAACCGCCUGCUGUGCCUUCAGUUUCUGAUUCAGCUGAACUGUCCCCAGAUGCCAUUUUGACAGUUACCGGACCACCUAAAUCAUUACCACAGGGUAUCACAGGAACACUGGAACUGCCUAAACCACCAUUAGGGGGAGCUGUGGAGAUGCUGCUACGCCCGGAGUUGAUGGUAGACUCCUCAGUGCCUGGGGAAGAGCAGGUGGAGAGACCUGUAAAACCAAAAGUGGUCGAAGCAGAAGACGAUUACUUCAGCGAGAACUACGAGGACAUUGAGUUGUCCACAGUGACGGUGGGGCCUAACAUAACAGAAUAUGAGGAGGUGGUGGAGUAUGAAGACAUUGGAGGAGUGGACCAGGGAGAGGGGAAAGAGAACAACUACGACCUGAAUGAAUAUGAAGAAUAUGAAGAGGAGCGAGAAUACGAUGAUGGACGAUACGGCCCCGCCGAAAGAGGGGAGGCGGAGACGAGAGACACCGAGAUUGGCUUAGGACUGGCCCAAAAAGGAGAAAAAGGAGAACCUGCGAUUGUUGAACCAGGAAUGCUUGUGGAAGGGCCGCUUGGACCUCCAGGACCUCCGGGCCUUCCUGGUACUCCUGGACCGAUGGGACCCCGUGGGUUGGUAGGAGACCCUGGUGACCUGGGACCUGCUGGGCGGCCAGGUCUUCCUGGGGCUGAUGGGAUACCAGGACCACCAGGCAACUUGCUGAUGUUACCGUUCCAGUUUGGAGGCGAUAGUGGCAAAGGUCCUAUUAUUUCAGCUCAGGAGGCCCAAGCUCAGGCCAUUCUGCAGCAGACAAAGCUUGCCAUGAAGGGUCCACCCGGACCAGUCGGCUUGACAGGCCGGCCAGGGCCAUUGGGGCUUUCCGGUAGUCCAGGUGGUAAAGGAGAAGCAGGUGAUGCAGGACCACCGGGUCCCAGAGGCAUCCAGGGUCCUGCAGGUCCAAGUGGAAAACAUGGGAAACGGGGACGGAAUGGUGCAGAUGGCAGCAGAGGGACACCCGGGGAGCCGGGCAGCAAGGGUGACCGAGGGUUUGAUGGUUUGCCAGGUCUUCCGGGUGAGAAAGGCCACAGGGGAGAAUUUGGGAAGCAGGGACCUGCUGGUCCUCCAGGAGAAACUGGUGAAAAGGGGUCAGAAGGUCAGCCUGGACCAAGAGGACAGCCCGGCGAGCCUGGUACCCGUGGUCUGGUCGGACCCAGAGGACAUGUAGGGCCUCCUGGUCAGCCGGGUAUCCGGGGCGUAGAUGGCAUUCAAGGACCCAAAGGAAACCUGGGACCCCAGGGUGAACCAGGGCCAUCCGGACAGCAGGGAAAUCCCGGUGCUCAGGGUCUUCCAGGCCCACAAGGACCAAUAGGAAUGCCCGGAGAAAAGGGUCCUCAAGGUAAAUCAGGUCUACAAGGACUUGCAGGAUCAGAUGGCCAACCGGGUCACCCAGGAAGAGAAGGUCCACCAGGAGAGAAAGGCGUUCAUGGCCCAGCAGGAGCACAAGGACCCAUUGGAUACCCUGGGACUCGAGGUGUCAAGGGGGCUGACGGAGUCCGAGGUCUCAAAGGGAGUAAAGGUGAAAAGGGUGAAGAUGGCUUCCCAGGAUUCAAAGGUGACAUGGGAAUCAAAGGAGACAGGGGUGAUGCUGGAGUGGCAGGUGUCAGGGGUGAGGAUGGGCCAGAAGGUGGAAAAGGGCAGGCUGGACCAAUUGGGGAGUCUGGAGCAGCAGGACCUGCUGGAGAGAAGGGUAAACUUGGAGUUCCAGGAUUACCAGGGUACCCGGGACGGCAGGGAGCAAAGGGUUCUGUAGGAUUUCCUGGUGCAGCAGGAGUUAUUGGAGAGAAAGGCAAACGGGGGGCAGCAGGACAACCAGGAGCUGCAGGUCAAAGAGGACCCAAUGGGGCUCGAGGGAGCAGAGGCCAGAGAGGACCUACUGGCAAAGCAGGAUUAAAGGGCACAGCCGGCAACGACGGGCCUCCCGGACCCCCCGGUGAACAGGGACCACAAGGCCCACAGGGACCAAACGGAUCUCCAGGACCUAAAGGACCCAACGGCCCAGCAGGGAAGGAUGGCUUGCCUGGGCAUCCUGGGCAAAGAGGAGAGCCGGGUUUUCAAGGUAAAACUGGCCCACCAGGACCAACAGGAGUGGUUGGACCCCAGGGCAAAAGUGGAGAAACCGGACCCAUGGGCGAAAGAGGACACCCAGGGACACCUGGACCACCUGGGGAGCAAGGUCUCCCCGGUGCAGCUGGCAAAGAAGGAUCAAAGGGGGAUCCAGGCCCAUCUGGUUUACCUGGGAAAAGUGGUCCCGCCGGUUUGAGAGGUUUCCCUGGAGAACGUGGAACGCCUGGUGCAAUGGGUCCUGCAGGCUUAAAAGGAGGUGAGGGACCCACCGGACCGUCUGGUCCAGCAGGUGCCGGUGGUGAAAGAGGCCCUCCCGGACAGGCAGGUGCUAUUGGACUUCCUGGACGUCCUGGUGGUUCCGGACCCCCUGGACCAAUGGGGGAGAAGGGGGCUCCGGGAGAGAAGGGACCCAUAGGACCCGCUGGGCAAGAUGGCGGUGAGGGGCCUGUUGGACUCCCAGGUGUAGCUGGACCUCAAGGACCCCCUGGAGAAGAUGGAGACAAGGGUGAAAUGGGAGGUCCAGGCCAAAAAGGGAGCAAAGGCGACAAGGGAGAAUCGGGACCUCCAGGACCCACCGGAAGUCAGGGUCCAAUUGGACAUCCUGGUGUGCAUGGUGUGGAUGGAGAGUCUGGGCCCCGGGGACAACAGGGCAUGUUUGGACAGAAAGGAGAUGAGGGGGCCCGUGGAUUUGUUGGGCUGGCCGGCCCCAUUGGUCUACAGGGAAUGCCUGGACCACCUGGAGAAAAAGGAGAAAGCGGCCACGUUGGUUUGAUGGGUCCACCUGGACAGUCUGGUCCUCGAGGUCCAAUGGGUCCCCCGGGUGGAGAUGGUCCCCAAGGCAUGCCAGGUGGAGCAGGACAGCCCGGAGCCGUAGGAGAGAAGGGUGAAGAUGGAGAAGCUGGAAACCCUGGUAACCCUGGAGAAGCGGGCCCAUCAGGUGGCAAGGGGGAUGUAGGAGAGAAAGGGGACUCUGGGCCCCCUGGUGCUGCUGGGCCCCCCGGAUUGAAAGGACCUCCAGGUGAAGACGGCCCCAAAGGCAAUCCAGGUCCAAUUGGAUUCCCAGGAGAUCCUGGUCCUCCAGGGGAAGCCGGUCCAAACGGUGUCGACGGCGGCAUUGGAGAGAAAGGAGACAAUGGAGACCCUGGAAAUGCAGGUCCACCUGGAGCGUCAGGAGAACCUGGACCACCUGGUGCACCAGGAAAGAGGGGACCCCUUGGAGCUGCAGGAAAAGAAGGACGACAAGGCCUUAAAGGAAGCAAGGGAGAAAAAGGACCAGAUGGGCCAACUGGAAAGACAGGUCCUGUUGGAGCACAAGGACACCCAGGAAAGCCUGGCCCAGAGGCACUUCGCGGCAUUCCGGGUCCUGCUGGGGAGCAGGGCCUCAGUGGACCACCUGGGCAGUCUGGGCCUCCAGGACCAAUGGGUCCUUCCGGCCUACCUGGUUUGAAAGGUGAUCCUGGCAGAAAAGGAGACAAGGGUCACGCUGGCUUGAUCGGUUUGAUUGGACCCCCAGGAGAACAAGGAGAGAAGGGAGACCGGGGUCUUCCAGGACCUCAGGGACCACAAGGGCCUAAAGGAGACAUCGGUGAAGGUGGAGAUGGGGGCCCGACUGGACCUCCUGGGCCUCAAGGUCUAGCCGGUCCUGCUGGACAGAAGGGCUCCAAAGGUUCCACUGGAGCCAUCGGCCAACGAGGUGACCCAGGACCCCCUGGCCUCCCCGGACCUCCUGGCCCUGCAGCAGACAUGAUUGAACCCCUGCCAAUUCAAGGAGAGAGAAAGAGGCGACGGCACACAGAGAACAUACAAGGAGACCAGAUCAUGAACGAUGAUGGAGGCAAUGUCAAUGGCAUGGAGGAAGUCUUUGCGUCCCUCAAUUCUAUGAAGUCAGAGGUGGAACAAAUGAGGAAGCCUUUAGGAACCCAGGAGAGCCCGGCCCGCACAUGCAAAGAGCUGCAAAUGUGCAACCCCAACUUCCAAAACGGUGAAUACUGGAUUGAUCCCAACCAAGGCUGCCACAGGGACUCCUUCAAAGUGUUCUGUAACUUCACAGCAGAAGGGGAGACCUGUCUCUAUCCAGAUAAGAAAUUUGAAUCGGUGAAACUUGCAUCAUGGAGUAAGGAAAAGCCAGGGAGCUGGUUCAGUGAAUUUAAACGUGGCAAAGAGUUCACCUACAUAGACUCCGAUGGGAAUCAAGUAAGUGUGGUUCAGAUGACCUUUUUGAAGCUGCUCAGUGCCACAGCACACCAGACGUUCACCUACAAUUGUCAGAAGUCAGUAGCCUGGUACGACUCUACCUCAAACACCUACAGCAACUCCCUGCUGUUCAAGGGUGGCAACAAUGAAGAGGUAUCUCACAGCAAGACGCCAACCUUCAUCAAUGCCGUCUACGAUGGGUGCCAGUCCCGGAAAGUCACUGAUCAUACUGUCCUUCAAAUCAGCUCCUUAAAAGUGGAUUUCUUUCCAAUCAAGGAUGUUGCCAUUUCAGAUUUUGGACAGUCAAGCCAGAAGUUUGGAUUUCAGGUUGGGCCUGUGUGUUUCAAUGGCUAAAAAGGAUCAAAGAAAACAAUUUGUUAAAACUGAAAUAAACAAAGAAGCAAAAAAGAGAGAAAGACUCUGCUACAGUUUCCUCAAGCAAUAUUUAUAUAUAUAUAUAUAUAUAUAAUUUUUUUUUUUUUUUUUCUCCAAUUGUGGUGGGUUCGUGGUAUGUGUUUUUUUUUUUUGUACUAAAAAAAAAAAAAAAAGCAAAAAUGAAACAUUGAAAGAUAGGCUUGUGUCUUAUGACUUGAAGAACUAAUGUGAUUGGACAUUGUACUCACACACCCCCUUUAAAAGAAAAAAGAAAAGUCAGUUAAGCGGUCACUUGACGGCAACCGUUGUACUUUUGAAUUUUUUGAUUCUGCGUUUCACGUCUUCAUUACCCACUUUUCAUGGUGUGCCUUGCUUUUUUUGUUAUUAGGUUUCACAUGGUUCUUUUUCUUCAGGAAAUAAAGAUGGCAAAUGUAAUUUAUUUUUCAUUUUAAAAAUGACAUGUGAAUUGUAACAUUGUUUACAGCAUUCUUUCUUUUCCUUUGUAUUCAGUUUGCUUCUACAAGGCUAACCAACCUAUAAGUGGGUCCCCGCAGGCUUGCCCUUACCUCUAUUUUUUCCUUAUCUGUAUUAUCUAUCUAUCUAUCUAUCUAUCUAUCUAUCUAUCUAUCUAUCUAUCUAUCUAUCUAUCUAUCUAUCUAUAUAUAUAUAUAUAUAUAUAUAUAUAUAUUAUAAAUUCAUUUUCUUCUUCUCUCUUGCACAAAGCACUGAGGUGUGCCUUGCUGCUUUCAGUGCAUCACUGACUGCCGUGAUUCCUCUUUAAAAUGUGCCUCCUCUGUUCUUAUAAAAAGGGAAAAUGAAGAGUGUUGCACGUUGCUUCAUGAAUCAUUAUGUACUGUAUAUUGUGUUUUGCCUUGAUGAUGUUGUUGUUGUCCUUUUUAAUUAUUUUAAUUAUUUUAAUUUUUUUUUGCUCCUCACUGGUGCUAAUAUAUAAACAAAAAAAAAAUUCCAACCUUUGAGAGACAAGAGUGUGUGGAAUAAAGGAAGCGUUCAGUCACUCAUCCUGUUAGGCUUUCAGGUUACAGACGGGACUGGGAGGCUCGGCAGGAAAGGCCGUCUAGCCGGCUUCCCUUUUGG